AUGGCAUCAUCUAUACCCACACCUAUUGCUAUCGUAGGCUAUGCUUGCCGACUCCCCGGCGACGUCUCAUCGCCUGAGGAUCUUUGGGAGUUGUGCUCUCGAGGCCGCACUGGCUGGGGACCUACUCCNUCUACACGUUACGCAAAGGACGCGUACUAUCAUCCUGCACCCGGCAAGCAUGGUUGCAUCAACACAGAGGGUGGUUACUUCCUCCAAGAAGACCCUGCGUGCUUUGAUGCCCCUUUCUUCAACAUGACUGUUCAAGAGGCCACUGCACUCGAUCCGCAGCAACGACUUUUGCUUGAAUGCACCUUUGAAGCCUUCGAAAGCUCGGGUAUGAGCAAGGAAGGCAUCGCAGGCAAGGACAUCGGUGUCUUUGUCGGUGGCUCCUUCGCAGACUAUGAGGUCAAUAAUACCAGAGACAUCGACACCGCACCCACGUACCAAGCUACUGGUUGUGCACCAGCAAUGCAGUCCAAUCGUCUUUCAUACUACUUUGAUCUUCGAGGGCCGAGUAUGACUGUCGAUACAGCAUGCUCCUCUUCUCUCGUGGCAUUACACAGCGCCAUGCAGAGUCUCCGCAGUGGAGAGUCUUCAUCUGCAGUAGUAGCUGCGGCUCAUCUCAACUUGACACCAGACUUCUUCCCUAACACUUCACAGNNGCUGCUCAAUGAUGCCGGCAAGACUUUCGCUUUCGACUACCGAGCAAUAUCCGGAUUUGCACGUGGCGAAGGUGCGGGCUCAAUGAUCCUGAAGCCACUCGAUGCUGCCAUUCGUGAUGGCGAUGUCAUCCGAGCUGUCAUCCACAACUCUGGCGUCAACCAAGAUGGCAAGACCAAUGGUAUCACCGUGCCAAAUGGUCGUGCUCAAUCAGACCUGAUCAAGCAGGUUUAUGCCAAGGCAAACCUUGACCCAGCUGAAUGUGGUUUCAGUGAAUGCCAUGGGACUGGUACAAAGGUCGGUGACCCCAUCGAGGUUGCUGGCAUCCAUGAAGCACUGGGUGCUGGUCGUGGUCCCAAGAAUCCACUCUUCAUCGGCUCAGUGAAGAGCAACGUUGGCCAUCUCGAAGGCGCAAGUGGCUUAGUCUCAGUAAUCAAAGCUGCAAUGAUGCUGGAGAAGGGAAUGAUCCUGCCUAACGCAAAUUAUGAGACGGCGAACCCGAACAUUCCGCUCGACCAGUAUAAUAUGAAGGUGUAUUCUGGAUGCAUCACGAUUGAUUUGAUUACUAUGAUUCUAACGACUGUCAGNGUUCCGACAUCGACCAGGCCUUGGCCACGAGGCAAGAAGUAUGUUUCGGUCUCCAAUUACGGCUUCGGUGGUGCAAACGCUCAUGUCGUCUUGGGCGCUGCUCCCAAAAANCUCAAAACUACCAUGACCACAAUUGGCUCUCUCGACGAAGCACCCAACGACCCUCAAUGCAAGCUGUUUGUACUAUCUGCCCAUGAAUCUCAAGCCUUGCAGAAGAAGAUCACCGAUCUUGGUGUUUUCCUUGAGCAACGACCAGAAGUGUUCGAGAAGCUACUAGCAGGCAACGUAGCUUACACUCUUGGCGAGAGACGGUCUCACUUACCCUGCAGACUUGCCAUCGCGGCUGUCUCAUCUGAUGAGCUGGGCCACAGUCUUGCAACUGCGAAGGUCCCUACCUUCAGAGCUCGCAACGAACCUACUCUGGGCUUCGUUUUCACUGGUCAAGGAGCCCAGUGGGCUACCAUGGGCGCCGAGCUUGCUCGCGAUUACCCAAUCUUUGCUACUGCACUGAAUGCUGCAGACGACACACUGAAAGCCCUUGGAGCCGACUUCUCUUUGGAAAAGGAGAUGCUGAAACCCGCAGACACAUCUCUCAUAGAUGCUGCUCACAUCAGUCAACCUGCUUGUACCGCACUCCAGAUUGCUCUCACUAUGCUCCUGAGUUCAUGGGGCAUACACCCCGCUGCUGUUGUCGGCCACUCGUCAGGCGAGAUUGGCUGUGCCUUCGCUGCUGGCAUCAUUAGUCUUGAAGAUGCGAUGAGAAUCGCUUACUAUAGAGGUCAAUGCAUGCUUAGUCUCAAGAAGAAAGCUGCAGGCAAACCACAAGGUACCAUGAUGGCUGUCGGGACCAGUCUUGAAAACGUUCGUCCUCUGCUCGAUGCUGUUACCAAAGGCUAUGUCACCGUGGCUUGUAUCAACAGCCCUUCUUCGGUGACUUUGUCUGGUGACGUCGAAGCUGUCGAGGAACUUCAGCCAAUUUUGACAGAAAAGAGUAUCUUCAACAGACAAUUAAAGGUCGGCGUUGCGUAUCACUCAGCACAUCUCGAACCUGUUGCGGACGAGUACCUCGACUUGAUCAAGGACAUUCAGCCUGCUACCACGGCCACAGCAAAUUUUUACUCAUCCCUACUUGGUCGUGUCGCUGAAGCUUCUGAGCUUACACCUGAAUACUGGGUCCAAAACCUGACUUCACCCGUCAGAUUCUCUGAUGCUCUCAGUGCAAUGGCGAAGGAGACUGGAUCGAAGGUCAUCGACCAUCUGGUCGAGCUUGGACCUCACUCAGCUUUGCAAGGUCCCAUCAGGGAUACUCUAGCUACCAUCGAUGCUGCCAAGGGCAAGUUGCAGUAUGUCUCUGUGCUUGCCAGAAACCAGAAUGCCAGCGAAUGUGCUCUUCGUAUGGCAGGCGCCCUUUAUAUGAAGGGUCUGCCUCUGACGUUUGGUGAAAUCAAUUUCCCUCGUACCAAGAGCGUCAAUCAGAAACUUAUCACGGACCUUCCGAGGUAUCCAUUCAACCACGAGACCAGAUACUGGCACGAGUCUCGUCUUUCUCAGAAGCAUUGUUUCAAGGAAGGUGGGCGCAACGACAUUCUAGGAUCGCUCGCUGAUUGGUCUAAUGACCUCGAGCCAACUUGGAGAAACAUCGUUCGACUGGAUGACUUGCCAUUCCUCCGUGGUCACAAGAUGCAAUCCAUGCCUGUGUUUCCAAUGGCGGGCUACAUGGUUAUGGCCCUCGAAGCAGCUGCCAGGCGUGCAAACGCUCGUGGCGUUCAGUUUGAUCGCUUCGACAUUCGCGAGUUCGUCGUCAGUAGCGCGUUGGUCCUUAACGAGGAUACUGAUGUUGAGACUACUAUCACUCUCAAGUCUUACAGCGAAGGCCUUCGCGGAGCAGCAUCCGACCUAUGGGACGAAUUCAAGAUCUGCUCUUGGGACGCAAAACGUGGUUGGCUACAGCACUGUCACGGUCUUGUCGGUGUUCGGAGCUCUCCACCUACCAACGCUGUCGAUGCACACAAGGCUCAGAGUGCUUCCAAGGCAUUCGAGACUCGCAAGUCAAGUAUUGUCAAGGCAUCCACUGAUACAGUCGAUGUCAGGGCUAUGUAUGAGACUCUCACGGCCAACGGCGCUGAAUACGGACCUGUGUUCACUGGUUUGGAGCCUUGUCAAGCAAGUAAUUCCACCGCUCAUGCUCAGCUGAUCGUGCCGGAUACCAAGUCUUUGAUGCCUAAAAGCUAUGAGACUGAGCUCAUCGUGCAUCCGGCUCUUCUUGACCAGACCAUCCAGAUUGUUUGGCCCAUAUUUGGUGCUGGCCGCCAGGGACUCGAUACGCUCUACAUGCCCACUUUCGUCAAGAACUUCAGCAUUUCUCGUAACUUUUCUUCAGUGCUCGACAGUCGUCUCGAGGUAUUUGGCUCUGGUACUCCAAACAAGGAGUCUCCAGAGCCCACGAAGUUCAAUUUCUUUGUCGUGGAUUCUUCAAACGCCAGUGAGCCGCUUGUGCAAUUUGACGGUCUGACGAUGACUCCGCUUCGUGAGUCUAGUGGUAGCUCCGGACAACAAGCUCGCGAACUUUGUUAUAAGCUCGACUGGCAAACAGUAUUUGAAGAAGAAACCGAGUUGGAAAAGUCUACUUCUGAUGUCUCAGACACGCCGAUCAAAACCGAUUCUCUUGUCAGCACGCCAUUCGCAAGAGAUGAAACUGUCUGCGUCGUAUACAAUGAAGCGAACGAGAAAGCUUUGGCAGCUGAAAUAGCUGGCGAUAUCUGGAAGUCAUCUGGUGCUCAAGCUGAGCUCCUCACGCUCUCAAAGGUCGCACCCGCUGACAAGCGAAUCAUCUUCGUCACAACUGACAAGAACAUCCUGAGCAACAUUGAUUCCACGGUGUUCGAUUCUUUGCGCCAAAUGUUGCUCUCGGCCCGAAAUGUUCUUUGGAUAUACAAGGAAGGCCCUGAUAUUAUUGACGUCGAAGGAAGCAUGAUCGUUGGGUUUACUCGUGCUAUCCGCUCGGAAACCUCUGCAAACAUCAUUACCCUUGGUCUGCAGAAAGCUACUGAAAAGAUUGCUAUCGAAAACGUCUUCACUAUUCUUUACAAGACUAGUGCUGACUCGACCUCCACGUUCAAAAACGAUAAAGAAUUUAUCCUCAAGGGGGACAAUUUGUUGGUGCCUAGGGUAGUCGACGAUGAAGAGUUGAACGUACGACUCCACCAAGAGUCACAAGACUCAGUCGUAUAUCAGCAGUCGUUCGCGCAGCCUGAUCGUCGCCUUAAGAUGGUUAUUGCCACCCUGGGCUCUCUGGACUCGUUGUACUUUGUUGAUGAUGAGCCCAAGUCACUUGGUGACAAUGAAGUUGAAAUUGAGGUCAAGGCUACUGGUAUGAACUUCAAGGAUGUUGUAGUGUCAAUGGGUCAGCUCAAUCAGCCAUAUAUUGGUGUUGAGUGCGCAGGUAUCAUCGCAGCCGUUGGCAAGAACGUGGCAGAUGUCAAGGUCGGACAAUCUGUCAUGGCCAUGACGGAAGGUGCAUAUAGCACAUACGCUCGUUGCCUGUCGACUAGCGUUGCUCCUUUUCCCGAGAAGAUGGACUUCGCUGCCGCUUCGACCAUACCAGUCGUAUUCUGCACCGCCUACUACGGUCUCUUUGACCUCGGUCGCCUCGCCGAAGGCGAGAGUGUGCUCAUUCAUGCCGCUGCUGGUGGUGUCGGUCAAGCUGCCAUCAUGUUGGCGCAGACUUGUGGUGCUGAGAUCUUUGCCACUGUUGGAAGUGUUGACAAGAAGCAGCACAUCAUGAAGGAGUAUGGCAUUCCUGAAGAUCACAUCUUCUACAGUCGUGACACCACCUUCGGACCUGCCAUCCGCCAAGUCACUGAUGGAAGGGGUAUCGAUAUUGUGCUCAACUCUCUCGGAGGCGACUUCUUGCGCGAGAGUUGGAACUGCUUGGCUCCAUUUGGACGUUUCAUCGAAAUCGGCAAGGCAGACAUCACGAAGAACAAUAGACUCGAAAUGGCUCAGUUCGAGUACAAUGUGUCUUUCGCCUCUGUCGAUCUGACCAAGGUGGCUGCUUACCGCCCUAAGCUCAUGAAGAGACUCCUAAACGAUGUAGAGAAGCUUAUGAGCAGUGGCAGUAUCAGACCAGUCGGUCCAAUUACCAGCUAUGGUAUCAAUGACGUCGAAGCUGCAUUCCGUAGCCUUCAGAGUGGCAAGAGCAUGGGUAAAUUGGUCAUCACACCUCAACCUGGAGACCUUGUUCAAGCCAUCGCGCCUAGAAAGACUGCAAACCUGUUCAAAGAAAGUGCCUCGUACCUGAUUGUUGGUGGUACUGGCGGCCUUGGAUGCAGCAUUGCCAGAUGGAUGGCAUCUCGUGGAGCAAAGAAUAUCUGUUUGUCAUCCAGACGAGCCAGCAUUACUACACGGCUGGAAGAACUCAUCAGCGAUCUUGCCAAAUUGGGCACAAAAUUGUCGGUCCGCGCCUGCGAUGUGGCCGACGCCAAGUCAGUCGAGAGAUUGGUUGAAGAACUCCAGAAGGAAGGACCAAUCCGCGGUGUCAUCCAGGGUGCUAUGGUUCUCAAAGAUGUUCUUUACGAGCAGAUGACCCUUGAUGACUUCAACGCAGUCGUCAAUCCUAAGGUUGCCGGUACUCUCAACCUGCACAACAGUCUUGGCACAUCCGAGCUUGACUUUUUCAUCGCUCUUUCCUCGGUCGCUGGUGUUGUUGGUAACCGCGGCCAAGCAGCAUAUGCGGCUGCUAAUGUCUUCUUGGACACCUUCAUGGCUCAUCGCAAUGCUCAAGGACUUCCGGGUACAUCUCUCGACCUAACCGCCGUCUCAGAUGUUGGCUACCUGGCCGACAACAGCGAAAGAGCAGCUGAUGUACUCCGCAACCUUGGUGGCGAAACCAUUGAGGAGAGUGAGAUUCUGGGUCUCCUCACCGCUGCUAUCACGGGCAAGAUUACCGCUAGNCAAAACCACGUCAUCACUGGUCUGAAGAUCAAUCCUGGCUCCGAGCCCUUCUGGUGCCACGAUGCGAAGUUCAGCAAUCUGCUUGCUGCAGCUGUCUCGCAGACAUCUACGGANGGNGGCAAUGCAAACGUGCCUCUGCCUCAAGCAUUGAAAAGCGCUAUCGAUGGUGAGAAGGCAUUGGAGAUCUUGUAUGGUGCUCUCGUGACCAAGCUGGCAGCGGUCCUGAUGUUGUCCGUUGGNGAAAUGGAGCCGUCGGCAGCAGUCGCUUCGUACAGUCUUGACUCGCUCGCUGCCAUUGAGGUCCGUAACUGGAUCGCAAGAGAGGCGGAUGCCAACGUUCAAGUUUUGGAGUUGCUCACCAGUCCCAGUUUGAUCGAGCUGGCGAAGUUGAUUUUGAAGAAGAGUAAACUGGUGUCAUUCGAGUGA